AUGGCUGAGUUGACUCAGCCCGAGGUGGUUUACUCCCCGCGGUCAAUGCAAUUAUGGAGGACACUAUGGAACUGGCUUGCGUUCUUCUUCCAGAUCUUUUUACAGAUCCUUAGAGCCGUUGGACCUCAAACUCUCUCUUCUCCUCCUCACCCUUUCAAAUCUUUGCCUCUCGUCGAGCUACCUGAGACCACCGAUCCUCCUGCUGCUACCGUCGAGAUCCCCGCCGGCACAGACUACGGUUCCACUAACGAACCUAUCCGGAAACUGACGGUGGUUCUUGACUUGGAUGAAACUCUAGUAUGUGCUUAUGAGACAUCUAGUUUGCCAGCUGUUCUCCGCAAUCAAGCAACAGAAGCUGGAUUGAAGUGGUUUGAGCUCGAAUGUGUAUCUUCAGACAAGGAAUGCGAAGGAAAACCUAAGAUCAAUUAUGUUACGGUGUUUGAGCGUCCAGGGUUGGAUGAAUUCUUAAAAAAGCUAAGUGAAUUUGCAGAGCUUGUGCUAUUUACUGCUGGCCUUGAAGGUUAUGCCAGACCACUUGUUGACAGAAUAGAUACAGAUAAUCGAUUUAGUCUACGUCUUUAUCGGCCUUCAACAUCUAGCACUGAGUAUCGGGAGCAUGUGAAAGAUCUCUCCUGCAUAUCAAAGGAUCCAUGCCGUAUUGUUAUUGUUGACAACAAUCCCUUCAGUUUCUUGUUGCAACCACUAAAUGGAAUUCCGUGCAUUCCAUUUUCUGCAGGACAACCACAGGAUACACAGCUUCUGGACGUACUUCUUCCACUCCUCAAGCACCUCUCUCAGCAGAAAGACGUGAGACCUGCACUCUAUGAAAGAUUCCACAUGCCUGAAUGGUUUCAGAAGCAUGGAAUCCCUGCUUCUGGUUGGACAUAG